GUGCGCUCGCCACAUCCCUUCCGCCUCCCGAGAGCUGUCUGUCUCUCGCAGGGUGACCAGGGAGAAAUCAUAGCUGUGAAGUGACCGUGGAGAGAGCCCGGGAAGCAGCACAAUUGGAUAGAAACGCCGAAAGCCGAAGCACCCCUAGUUCUGGGAUCGCACUCGCGGGUGGAGACGCAGCAUCUUAGUGGCUGCGGAAACGCCUGCCCAGUCGCGCUCCUGCCAGUCGCCGCCGGCCGGAGGACCCUCAGCUUAUGCGGACCCUGCCGCGGGGACCGGAAUCCCAGAGCCGCCAGGAGCUCUAGGCGGGUGUUGGCAAACUUUUCCCGAGCCCACGUGCUAACCGAGCGGCUCGCUUCCCGAGCUCGGGAUGGAGCGCCGCGCCUAGGCACCCUGUGCCUCCCGAGACUUAUGUGCGCACGGUUCACUGUAGAAGAGAUGCUGAUUGCGCCGAAUUGACCAGUGCAGCCCCGGGGCUAGUGGUAACCCUUCCUCUGAAUCGCCCCCAUCAGCGCAGCCGGCGCCUUCUCUUUGGAUGAGCCCUUCAGUUCCUCGACUUUGAGAGGCGUCUCUCUUCCGCCCGAUCGUCCAGAUGCAGUUUCGCCUCUUCUCUUUUGCCCUCAUCAUUCUGAACUGUAUGGAUUACAGCCACUGCCAAGUCAAUCGAUGGAGACGCAGUAAGCGAGCUAGUUAUGUAUCAAAUCCCAUUUGCAAGGGUUGUUUGUCUUGUUCAAAGGACAAUGGUUGCAGCCGAUGUCAACAGAAGUUGUUCUUCUUCCUUCGAAGAGAAGGAAUGCGCCAGUAUGGAGAGUGCCUACACUCCUGCCCCUCAGGGUACUAUGGACACCGAGCCCCAGAUAUGAACAGAUGUGCAAGAUGCAGAAUAGAAAACUGUGACUCUUGCUUUAGCAAAGACUUUUGUACCAAGUGCAAAGCAGGCUUUUACUUACAUCGAGGACGUUGCUUCGAUGAAUGUCCAGAUGGUUUUGCACCAUUAGAUGAGACCAUGGAAUGCGUGGAAGGAUGUGAAGUUGGUCAUUGGAGUGACUGGGGAACUUGUAGCAGAAAUAAUCGCACAUGUGGAUUUAAAUGGGGUCUGGAAACCAGAACACGGCAAAUUGUUAAAAAACCAGCGAAAGACACAAUACCAUGUCCAACCAUUGCUGAAUCCAGGAGGUGUAAGAUGGCCAUGAGGCACUGUCCAGGAGCUUUCAGAUACUUUGCACAUUCCUACAGCCACCAUCAGGGAAGAGAACACCCAAGGCAAAGGAGAAGAGGAACAAGAAGAAGAAGAGGAAGCUGAUAGAAAGAGCACAAGAGCAACACAGUGUCUUCCUAGCUACAGACAGAGCAAACCAAUAAAAGACAUGUAUGGUGGUUUUGGGGGGGUUGUUUUUGCAAAGGUGCACAAAGCUACUCUCCACUCCUGCACACUGGUACACAGCAUUUAUGCUGCUCUGCCCAGUCUGUUCCCAGUAACAUUGUGAAAGGAAGAGCCCCAAGCAUGGUCUCUGGGUUAUUUAUGCUUUGAUUUGAAUCUGGAGCCUGCAAAGGCAGGAGCUCAUUGACCUAAACCAGUGGAAGCUAUUGUAAGUGCAUGACCUGUGAUUGACUGGGCGCAUGCGGGCUCUGCGGACAUGUGGGAGGUGAGGCUGUAGACCGCCACUGGAGAAGGCGCUUGUGCCUAUUUAUGUGAAAGAAGAUGCUCAGCAGGCGAAGUGCUAUUCACUUGUGACCUUUAUUUCUCACAUUGUGCAUUUUCAAGGAUAAAUGUAUGUGGAUAUCUGCUUAGUGUUACCACAUGGUGUUCUCAAGCAUCUGUGACCUGCAAACUGUCCUGUGAUGAGGCUGCUUUUUAACUGGGGAUAUGCAACGGAAAUUCCUGUUCAGUUUCAGUGCAGUGCUAACAUGUACAUAUUCUGCUGGGGCUAUGUACAAAGUCCUACUUACUGUAUAUUUAUGCUUUCUUGUGUGUAAUAAGCCACACCUGAUUAAUAUGAUGUCACUUUGUUUCUAGUGGUUCCUAACCAUUGUCUGGUAAAUGACUUAGUUUUGCAAAUUGACAAAUGUUUUGUUGCCUCUUAACUUGUUUUUGUGUGUUUGGGCUUAUUUCCCUUUGUAAAGAUAGGAUAAGCUAAGUUGUACAUAGUCAAAUGACCAGUGUCAAAGUUUCAAUAUCAGCAGACCUUCCCCAGUCCAUGUGUCCCACAGAAAAAGCAGCAUGUGACAUCUGGACAUCGGAAGCCAGAACUGAUUCUAAGAUGUGAUGGCCUUAUGAAACAUGACCUAAAAUGCGAGGAACUAGAUGUAGUACUCACUCUGCAAUUUAUUUCCGACUUUUAAAAACUUUAAACCAAUCCCUGACUUUUAAUGGCACCUACCAAUAUUCUUGGGUCACUCUACAAGUUCAUAUCGUGAAACAGACACAGAAUUGAGGAGAAAAGUGGUUGAAUUCCUGCAACUUCUGGUCAGAUAGAAACAGAUUUCCAUUAAGCCAGAAUCCAUUUCAUAUCCAAAACAGAGGAACAUGAUAUAAACUUCCCAGUUUGACUCACACAGCAGUUAUUUCAAAAGCAUCAUUGUCCUCUCGAGGGAACAGGUUCUUGGUUAAAAAUUGGCUUCUUCUAAAAACAUCAUUAUCUUCCUGACUGAUCCAGGAGAAAAUUGGAACACAAAUGUAGAUUGUUGAGGAAACAACCAAAGUAAGGUAAAACCUUCUUCUCACCUUGCAUUGGCCAAACUACCUCUUCAUUUUUGUUAAUGUUUGAAUCAAAAGCAUCUUAUUGAUACAUAUAAAUGUCAUAUGCAUCAUGAAAAUAUUGCUAUGAGAAAAUAAGCCAUAUAUGAAUGUUGUAUACAACUUUAGGAUUUGCAUUACUCCUAAAGUGCUCACCUCCUUUCAUGUCUAUUUACACUAUAUUCUUAUUUACUAAGUGGGGAGGGGUCUCCUUUAUGUAGUGUUUCAUUGUUAAUAAGUUGAUGCCUGUUCUGUUUGUUCUUUUGUGCAUUAAAAACUUCAAAAUUA